GACGCCGUACCGGGUUUGAGCUAGACGACGAGGCCGGGAACAGAGAGUAGUAAUAGAAUAAUGGACCACGCGGCGGAAGCUCACCGGACGGACUUGAUGACGAUGACCCGGUUCGUCCUCAACCAGCAGUCCAAACACCCAGAGUCUCGCGGCGACUUCACCAUCCUCCUCAGCCACAUCGUCCUCGGCUGCAAAUUCGUCUGCUCCGCCGUCAACAAGGCUGGUUUGGCGAAGCUCAUAGGCCUUGCAGGGGAGACUAAUGUGCAGGGUGAAGAGCAAAAGAAACUCGACGUCCUCUCCAAUGAAGUCUUCAUCAAAGCCUUGGUCAGCAGUGGUCGGACUUGCAUUCUCGUCUCCGAGGAAGACGAAGAAGCUACCUUUGUGAAGCCGCCAUUGCAGGGAAAGUAUUGUGUUGUUUUUGACCCAUUGGAUGGAUCCUCCAACAUUGAUUGUGGUGUUUCCAUUGGAACUGUAUAUAUUUGGGAUUUAUAUGAUCAGAGACGGUCAUGAGCCAGAGCUGAAUGAUGUGUUGCAACCUGGGAAGAACAUGUUAGCUGCCGGCUACUGCAUGUAUGGGAGUUCUUGCACUUUUGUGUUGAGCACAGGAUCUGGAGUUAAUGGUUUUACCCUUGACCCAUCACUGGGAGAGUUCAUACUAACUCAUCCCGAUAUCAAGAUCCCGAAGAAGGGAAAGAUCUACUCCGUGAACGAAGGAAAUGCUAAAAACUGGGAUGGCCCCACUGCGAAAUUUGUUGAAGAGUGUAAGUUCCCAAAAGAUGGUUCGCCACCAAAGUCUCUACGAUACAUCGGAAGCAUGGUAGCGGAUGUGCAUCGGACAUUAGUGUACGGGGGGAUAUUCAUGUACCCAGCUGAUGACAAGAAAAGCCCCAAUGGGAAGCUUCGGCUUCUAUACGAAGUCUUUCCCAUGUCUUUCUUAAUGGAGCAGGCUGGUGGCCAAGCUUUUACCGGCAAACAAAGGGCGCUUGAGUUGGUACCGAAAACGAUACACGAGAGGUCUCCAAUAUUUCUGGGGAGUUAUGAUGAUGUUGAGGCUGUCAAGGCACUCUAUGCCGCCGCUGAUCGAUGAUCAAAUCACAAGCCAAGAAGUGAUGAAUCUUCAAUUCUCCACAUAUAUAUAUGCUUGUCCAAUAAUAACUCCAUUUCCCUCCUAUCACGGAGUAUGCAUAUAUAAAUAAUGUGGAAUCCAUUUAAUUAGCUAGAGGUUGGGUUUCAUUUGUAUAUCAUGCCACACAUUUGACAUAAAUAAAAUAAUCCACUUUUA